GAAAAGAAAAGGGUAGGUCUUGCAAAACAAGCAAACGAAAUGGAAAUAAAAAACAGGGGGAAGAAGAGAGGAGGGGGAUAGGCUGCGACACAGAAGCAACUGGUGUCGUCCAACUGGAGUCGUUCCAAAGGCAGCAAAUUCGCGCGAGAGGAGUUAGAGACGGAGCAAAAACUAAAAAUACAGUCGGUGUACAGUGAGGCGCGUGCGGGACAUGACGAUGCGCGAGGAUCCGAUGAGGACUGCGGAGGACAAGUCUUCGCCGACCCAUCGAGAGGAUGAUCCCGAGAACGGGAAUCAUCGUCAGCAAGAAAGAACUAUUUGGACUUUUAAUUGUGUUCAUUGGUUACGUUCUGCUGGGCGGCCUCGUCUUUAUGCUUCUUGAGAGCCCCCUGGAGGAGAAACUCAGAAAAGAAAUCGAAGAUCUUAGAAAUGAAUUCCAAGAUAAGUUGGAUCGCCUGGGCGACGGCAACGUGACGAGAGAUGAAAUGGAGAGCUUAAUGCUCCGGCUGGCCUCCGCCCACAGAAUGUCCUUCACUGAUGAGUCAGGGAAUGACACGCACAGCAACUGGAGUUUCGGCAACUCAUUCUUCUUCGCUAUCACAGUCGUCACCACCAUAGGUUAUGGUCAUCUUUCACCCUCUACCACAGAAGGUCGUCUCUUCUGCAUUUUAUACGCAACCAUCGGGAUACCUCUCACGGGCAUCGUGCUAGCGGCCAUCGGCGGCCACUACAGUCAAAGGCUCGUCAAAGUCUUCCAGAAGGCGAGGAAGUCCAGAAACUCGAGACUGACCCUCGUCUUCUCUGCAGCCAAGUGCCUCAUUCCGUGGCUGUUUGUCUUCCUCGUGGUACCAGCAGGGUUCUUUGUGUGGCUGGAGCAAUGGUCAUUUGUAGAUAGUUUUUAUUAUUGCUUCAUCACCUUGUCCACAAUAGGAUUUGGAGAUUUCGUAGCUGGGAACUUCGAGGGAGACUACGUGGGUUUCUACAAAACUUUCGUUGUGCUCUGGAUCAUAUUUGGACUGGGCUACCUCGCUAUGAUUCUCAAUUACAUCUCUCGCAUGAUGAGAUGUAAGCAAAUAAGAAGAGUGGAAAGGAAACUGUCCUCCAGCAUUUACCAAACGCAGCAGAGGAUGGGACAGAGGUUGGACGAGGUUUACCAGAUUUUGCAUGAUGUGUCCAGGAAUCGGACAAGCAGGCCACGCAACAGGGUAGCAAUCAAAAGAAUGCAAUCUUUCCCAGCUCCAGAAAUCAAAGACCAAAACCACAAUACUAAAAUUCAAAAACUCCUUACCCUUGUCCAAACUCUAAAAGAAGAACAACCUCCUCCGAGACCACGUCGCCUCAGUCUGCCCCUUCCAGCCACUUCUGGACUCCAGCCCGCCAUUUAUGGCAGAGGUUCCCUCCAAGUGUUCUCCUCGUCAACUUUGAUCAAUGGACAAAAGGAAAAAGAAAAAGAACAAAUGGGGAACGGCUAUCAGAAGAAGCCCCACAAAUCUAUGAAACUUAUGGUUCCUGUGGAUCCCGAAAAGAUGCGUAUAAAAUCAGAUAAAAAGAAUCUGGAUUCACACAAAGACAGGCACCGCCCUCGGAGGCCGAGUGUAUCAGUGAUUGAUGUGAUAUCUGCAGAACCUCCCAUAGACAUCUCUAUUACCGGCAGGACGAUCAUAGAUAUGGAAGGCCUGCAGUGCACGCGUGUGUGAAUUUAUUUUGUUUUCUCUGUACAUAGUUUUUAUCCUAGAAAUUACUGGAUCCUUAAUAAAGGAUCUUUAUGAACAUUUAAUCGAUCCUUAAAGGUUUUCUGUUUGACAAAAUGAAAAUCUUGAUUUUCAUGUAAUUGAAGGAUUUUCGGCGAGGUUAAGUCUGGUAUCCGUUGGCGAAAUAUCUACAGAACUUCCCAUUGAUAUUUUCAUGAUGAAAUAUAGAUAUAGAAAAUGUGCAGUAACAUAAAUUCUGAAGUAAUCUGUGCAGAUUUUUUUUAUUCUGGGAACAUUUGUAUCUUCAAGAAGAUAUCCAUCAGGAUAUCUUAUCGAUCCUUAUAACGAUGCCUCAUAACAACCAAGAAAAAAAAUCUUCAUUCUUAAUGAGAUAGAUGUUGCCCGGAAUCUGGCAGUCAUUGGUGCCAUAUCUGUAGAUUUUUCCAAAUAUAAUGUGAAGAUCAUAGGUGAAAACGGUGCACAUAAAUAUGAAUAUAUUUCACGAUUUCUGUACAUAAAACUUUCUACUGGAAUCAUUUGUGUUCUUGAUAAAGUGUCCCGGUGAAUAUCUUAUACUUCCUUAAAGCUGUGCCUUUAUUACCUCAAAAUGCCACAUGGAAUGUCUUAAUUCGAGAAAGUUGUAUUCAUUAAUAGUUUAAGAACUGACUCGGUGGUACAGCCACCGAGAUUUUGCGAGCUUUUCAUUAAAAAUGCAACAAUGAAACAACAUCCAUUUCGAAUCUAGAUCGGCUGAGAAUAAUAUCAAAAUUUGACAUUUCUAUCCUUUUUAUGAACAAACGUUUUAUAAUCUAUUUUACAAUUCAACUAGUAUAGAAAUAUUGAAUUUAAAUGUUGAUUUUCUAUUCCUUAUGCUCAUGAUUCUUUUUCCUUUUUAAGAAAAUAUUAAAACAAUAUAAUAAGGUAGGCAUAAUAGUGAUUUGUAUAUAAAAAAAAUCAAUCAAACCUAAAUAGAGAAAAAAAAAUUAUUUGACAACUCAAUACUAGAGCCAAUUCCCGACACAGAAUGAAAAACCUAUCAGUAUUAUUUUCUUGUUUUCCUAAGUCAUUGAUGACUAUGAUAAUCAUUUCAUUUUGUUUUGGGAAUUAGUACUUGAAAUCUAAUCAAGUAUUUUAUCUGUAUAAAGAGGUGCAAUAAUUCAAGAAACAAUAUGCUGAACAAAUUUUUAAAAAUAAUAAUAAUAAUAAUUCUAACAAAGAUCAAGGAGGAAAAUUUUUUAAAGAUUUUUCCUUUACUUUAUUUUAUUUUAAAUUUAUUUAUUAUUUCCUUUAUUUUAUUUUAAAAUAAUUCUCGAAUUCACCCUGAAUAAUCCUUUUGUAAAAUUCAUAUUUAUCAGAAGUAGAUGCUGAUUGAUUGUUGCCAUUAAUUGAAUGGAAAAUUGUGGUAUCGCUCGUAAGUAUUACUGGAUCUCAUCUAGUGUGAAAUGAACAAAUAUGUUUUUCUGGAAUAGAAUUUGAAUCAUCUUAUAUAUAGAAUUUAUGGAAGUGUCUGCAUCAUUUUGGAAAGACAUCGUAAAUCAUCUAUUAUUUAUUUAGGAGAUCAUCAGAUCAUAUUACAACGAACAGGUGCUCAUCAUUCAUCCAUAAAUACCGGACAUAAUUCAGAUAAAAUAUGCUUUGGGUAUAUGAACUGGGAGUUUGUUUGUUUUUUGAGUGAACAAAGAUCUGACAUUUUCUCAUCAUUGUAGUUAAAUCAUCAUUCAACUUUCAUUAUUCACGGUGGUAUAUCAUUGUGAUUAUGACACAUAAUCACGAUAACAAAUAUACAUUGUAUAGUUGUCGAAAUGUGUUUACAUUGUGUGGAAGAUUGUAAUCUGUAGUUCAAAAAUUUUAUAUGUUUAUUUAUGAUGCUAAUAUUAUUUGUGGUGUGAAGAACCUUCUUCCAAGAUUUUCUACCCGAUGUAAAUGGAAAUAUACAGGAUUAUUCAUAAAAAAAGAGGCAAGUUUAAAACAUUUAUUUAUAAUGAACGAUAUUAGAUGGAGACGCAUGCCAUACAUCACUGGAUAGAGGAAAGUUCAAAGCUUUGUUCUAUGCAUUGAACAUCGAUUAUAUUUUUUAUGCGACAAAUAUCGAAUUAGAUGUCCAUUUAUUGCCACAUGUGAAGUAACUGUGUUUUUCACAUGUGGGGGUGAAACCUGGGUUUUUCACUCAUUGUUGUACCAAUUCGAUCUCGAAGAACAGCAGAUGCUGUAGCAUUUGUUACGAAAAUUCCAGUUUUCUGCUAGUGGAUUUCCAAUGAUUAGAAUUCGAAGGCAGCUCGGAUACAUUCAAUAUUUCCCCAUCUGGUGUGCGAAGACAAUCACUGCUUUCCUCCUUGAUUACGCAAUCAUUUUCCAGUAAUUUCUGGCUUCAUCUGUAAAUGGGUUUAUGAUGAGGCAGCUCUUGAAGAAAUGUUCGCUGCAAUGCAACAAUUGAUUCACACUUUGCAUACUGCAGCCCACAAAGUAACUCUUUCUGAGGCCAUUUUCUCAAAAAUAAAUAAAAGUGGAAUAAUAAAUACCAGGAUUAUCCAGGAAUGCAUAAAAUAAAGCUUUGAUCUUCCCUCUCUUCAUUGAUGUAAUAUAAGUGUUUCUCUCUAUUGCCGUUUAUAAGAAAUAAUUAUUUUAAAUCUACUUCUUUCUUUUUCUCUUUAUGAAUAACCCUGUAGAUAGACUAGAGUUAGUUAUGUUAGUAUCUUUCCACUGUGCCUAUUUGUGUGAAGGGAUUAUUCUUCAAAAGUUGCAGCGUGGUUAGCUCUAUUAUCAAUAAAAGGUAAGACAACACGUUUCUCAUCUAAAAAAUUGACAAGUCUUGUUCAUUUAGAAAUAACUCUUAUCUAUAGCUUUCACAUGUCUACUGCUCGCUCAAUGUUUUCUCGUGCAUUUAAGAUGUAACAAUCAAAUUAAAUUUCAAGCAUAUUCUGCAUUUUUUAACUAGCAUUACAUAAUGUGCAGAACCUAUUAAUUAAAUAUUUGAAACCUCUGUCAACAAAAACUAUUCUAACAACAGUGGAAUAAAAUACUUUCAUAGACCAUUUCAAAGGAAUUUUUUUAAAAAAUUAGGCCUCUUAAGAUUUAUGUUUAUAAUUUUGUUAAUUCAAUGUUAAAAGAAAUUUACACAAAUAGUUGAGUUAUGGAUAGAGAAGACUCCACUGCAAGGAAACAAAACUUCUAAUAUUGUUAUACGUUUACAUCUAAGGUGUAUUGCAUAUAAGAUUAUAUACAUAUAUACAUAAGCACUCUAUCUACAUACAUGAGAUUUUCUAAUACCACUUACGUUAGUUAUUUAACGACACUUAUAUCCGAGAUAUUGUUAACAGAAUAAAAGUCAAGACGGGAACAUAAAACAUAGCUAGUUAUAAAAUAGCAGUACGUAUUUAUUUCUAAGAUGAUUUCGUUUGACUCUGUUCAAGCAAUAAAAAAAUGUUUAAUCAAAUUAAAACACCCGAUAAGUAUACUUACAAAAUGAAGGUUCUUCAUGACAGAGAGAAACUGAACUUGACCACGAUGCAAUUCUGGAAAUCAAUUGAGGAGAUGAAAUUAACUAUUGCAGAGUUAGUACUAAUUUUUUCUCAAUGAAUAUAUGACAGUUAAUAAUUAAGAUUCUAUAAGAAUCUAAAACAUUGGAUAUUUGAAUUCAAGUUUGAUGACCAGUCAGGUCAAAGGUUGUGCAAAAUAAAAUUGGUUUGAAAGAAUCUAAAAAAAUACUACUACUACUACUUAUUAGCAUCUUUUGGUGUUACAUUUGUUACCGGUAAUGCAUGAAACGAUUAACAUUUCACACAUUUCUUGGAAAUUCUAUGGAAUGCCAAAUGACAAACUGGCAAAGUAUAAAGUAUAUCUCCAAUUUGUUUCAAAUAUCAAGUGGCCAAACUCAACACUCACCUAAGCCUCAAGGUUUGCCAUAUGCAUUUUAUUCAAGAGUGUCAAAACACGCUACUUUAUUUAAAAUAUGUAUUUAAAAAAUUAGGGUUUUUUUGUUUGCUGUGUCAAAAUAGAAAAUCAAAUUGUACUGUUAGACACUUGGUUAAUAGAACAUGUGACAACGAUUGGACGAUGAACUGCCCAUAGUUCGAGGCAAUACUGUAAAAGAAAAUUUGUUUUCAACUGAAAAUACUCAUCGGAAGGUAAUGAAUAAUGUAAAAAAAAAAAUCAAAAGAGUACUAACAAGGAGCUCUUGGAUUAUUGGUUGUUAAAUCUUUAUUGCGUGACGAUUAUGGAAAUUUUAUUUUUGAGAAAUGCGCGUCUUUUAAAGAAUAGCUUUAACAUUAUCUUAUUUCAUACUUUGCCUAACUAGCAUAUGCUUUUCUAUAGAAUGUUUUAUAUAUUAUAUAUGUUACGGUAUAUAAUAUAUAAACUGGUAAUUACAUAGAAUCACCGGAUUAAUCACAUUUACCGCAGCAUAUAUGUAGGACUCAGAAAUCACUACUAUUUUAGAACGCACAUUUAAUUACAUUUAGGACGAUUAGGACAUUUAGGAUAUAUAUACAUUAACAUAAAAGAAUUGAACAUUCAGUAGAUUUCGUCGAAUACGUCGCGUCUCGUCUCGUCUAGUCUCGUCUUUACUUCGUCCAGAUCCGUCUGAUCUGACACGUCUUUACUCUCGUCCAGAUCCGUCUGAUCUGCCACGUCUUUACUUCCCUCCAGAUCCGUCUGAUCUGCCACGUCUUUUCUCUCGUCCAGAUCCGUCUGAUCUGCCACGUCUUUACUUUCCUCCAGAUCCGUCUGAUCUGCCACGUCUUUUCUCUCGUCCAGAUCCGUCUGAUCUGCCACGUCUUUACUUUCCUCCAGAUCCGUCUGAUCUGCUCUCCGUCUAACCAGUGUCAACUCCGUCUAACAACCAGCAGAUGGCGCUCGUCACUACAUAUAUAAUGGCUAGAAAAAAAAACAGAAUUCAUAUUUCAUACUUUGCCUAAAAACGUCUGGCAGUCUAUAAAAUACCAGCGUUUCAUGCAAUACCUCUAACAUAUUUAUUGAAAUUACUGGCAUUAUAAUUUUGCGAAUGGUAUUAAUGAAACUAUCUCGAUAAUAACAAAUUUCAUAUAUUUCAGAAAUACGACAUCUGGAAAUAAUAAAGGUCGCUGAUUAAACCAUUAUUCUUUUCUCUUUUUGCUUAAGAAAAGAUUGAAUUUCAUAUCACCAGGAAACAUUAAUUUCAUAUCACCAGGAAACAUUAGGAUGUUUAUAAUAUAUCCGUUGUCUUCCCAGAAUGUGGAAGAUAAAGUAUUUUCUUAUAUAGUUCCUACACU